UCAGGGUGCUCUCUAGUGCUGUGUCUCUGAGCCCCGUCACCCCUUUCCACAUGGCCACAGAGCAAAGGAGGGGACAGCAUGGCUCAGCCCCAGCCCCCAGCCCCCAGGCUUCCAGUAGCGGUGCUGAGGGGCCCCCCUUGACCAGGAGGAGGAGCAAGAAGGAGAAGGGGCUCCGAGGGUCCAGAAAGAGCACUGACAGCUCCGGGGAGCAGGCCCCCACACAGGGCCCCGAGGCCCUGGGAAGCAGUAAGAACCCAGCUAAGACUGGAGAAGGGCAGGAAGAUCCAGCCCCUGCAGCCCCCAGGCCGGCCUCUCGUCGCCAGUCCCACCGGCAUCGUCUUGCCCCCCAGCAUGAUGCUGCUCAGAGGACAUAUGGGCCCCUGUUGAACCGCAUCUUCGGGAAGGACCGUGAGCUGGGCCCUGAGGAGCUGGAUGAGCUUCAGGCUGCCUUUGAGGAGUUUGACACAGACCAUGAUGGUUACAUCGGCUACCGGGAGCUGGGCGAGUGCAUGCGGACGCUGGGCUACAUGCCCACCGAGAUGGAGCUCAUUGAGGUCUCCCAGCACGUCAAGAUGCGAAUGGGUGGCCGUGUGGACUUCGAGGAAUUUGUGGAGAUGAUGGGCCCGAAGCUGAGAGAGGAGACGGCGCACAUGUUGGGGGUGCGGGAGCUGCGCAUCGCCUUCCGUGAGUUUGACAGGGACAGGGAUGGGCGAAUCACGGUGGCAGAGCUGCGACAGGCAGCACCGGCUCUGCUUGGGGAGCCGCUGGUGGAUCCUGAGCUGGACGAAAUGCUUCGAGAAGUGGACCUCAAUGGGGAUGGCACUGUAGACUUUGAUGAAUUUGUGAUGAUGCUUACCACCCACUGAGGCUCCAGGAAGGAGAAUGUUGCUCCUCUGGCCCCAGACACCAGCAGGGUCCAUGCGGCACACCCUCCUCAUGAGGCCCCAGGAUGAAAGAGACCCAGCAGCCCCAGACUUCUGUUCCUGACAACAUAUGGCAAGAGAGUUGGCUUGUGAUGUCACCUGCCCAGCCUCGUCCUCCCCUCCCCUCCAUCUGAUCUGCCUGGAGGAACCCUGCCCUCAACUACCCAUCAUUCCCCAAUGUGAGCAAGACUUGGAUCUCUCCAGCCCCCGGGGAGGUAGGGAGCUCCCUGGCACUGGCAGCUUUCCAAGAUGGGGCAGUGUUGGGGGGGGUAUUCUGGUAAUAUGGUGAAUUGAGAGGGUGGUUGGACAUCUCCCACUACUUAUGUGUGGAUAUCUUUAUUUAAAAAAGAAGAAAGCUGAACUUGAAAGAAAGAGAUGACCCCAGGUACCAAAGACAGAGAGAAUCCAAAGCUGGGUGGCGGGAGGGAGCAGAUGCCACAGGGCCUUCAGAGGAGGGGAGGUUUGGGAGCCUAGGCUCUGACACUCAGGAGGGACAAAAGACCUGCAAGAGGCUGGGGAGCAAGACAUGACCCCAGUACAUGCCAGGACCUCAAAGAGGCACCCUGUUCUUGAAAAGGGGAUCAAAAUAUACCUCUACCCACCAGCCUGAGAAAGUGGCAAGGAACAGAUGUUCAGGACCUUGAGUGGAAAAAGUUACCCUAGAGAACCUGAAACUAAGGCCUGCAUGUCAAGCAGGAGUGCAGUCCUCAUAGUGUGAAAAAGCUGAAGAAAUAGGAAAAAACUGCUGAGAAGGGCACUCUUUCAACCCAGGGCACAUGGGAUUUAAAAAAUACCCCAAAUCCUGUCACUUCUGAAGAUGAACUCAGGACGAAAAAUUACAAAGCACAUAGGGAAACAAGUCACUAUGAGGGGACUAGGCAGAUGCAGUAAACAGGAGAAUCAGCAAAGUGUAAAUAAUAAAACAAUCAAAAGAGACUAUUAAGUCAAUGCAAAAAAAAAAAAAAAAAAGAGAAAGAGAGAGAUAAAAGAAGGAGGAGAGACCAAUAUGCAGAAACAGUGUAAUAUGAAAAUAGAAAGAUUAAAAAACAAUAGAACUUCUAAAACUAGAGGAUAUAGUUAUUGGAAUGAAAAAUCAAGGGAUAAAUUAAACAGCAGAUUGGACACAAUUUUAGAAAAGAUUGUGAACUGGAAGCUAUAGCUAAGAAAUCACCCAUAAGGUAGCACUGAGGGAUAUAUUAAAGAGUAGUUAAAAGUCAUUAGGAAUCUCAGAAGAAGAAAAUAGAGAGCGGGCAUGAGGCAACAAAGAGGUGAUGGUUGAAAAUUUUCCAUAAAGACUUCCACAAAGACAAGAGCCCAGAUUAAAGGAGUACAUUGGAGCCAGAGAAGGAGAAAUAAAAAUAAAUGUAUUUCUAGAUGCAUCCCAGUGAUACUGCAGAAUAUAAAAGGAAAAAAUCUUGUAAAGAACUCAAGAGAAAAGUCAGAUUACUUUCCGAGGAUUAGCAAUUAGACUCUCCAAAGACUUUUUUCAUUGACAACAGCAGAUGCCAGAGGACAAUGGGAUAAAUUGUUCAACGUGCAGAGGAUAAAUGACUGCCAGCCAAGAAGCCUAUACCUAGCUCAAUCACUAGUCAAGAAUGAAGAUGAAAUAUAAACAAACAAAGGCUACUAUAUUCGAUAUCUUGUAGCAGCUUAUGUGAAAAAGAAUAUGAAGGUUGAGUAUAUGUAUAUUCAUGUAUGACUGAAGCACUGUGCUGUACGCCAGAAAUUGACACAACAUUGUAAACUGACUAUACUUGAAUUUAAAAAAAAAGAGUAAAAAACAAAAACAAACAAGUCUCAAGGGCUUCCCACCCACAAACUCUUGUUGAAGGGCUGGCUUCAAUAAGAAGGAAAUUCAAGGCAGAGUGUGUACUAGGCAGCAGGAAGGAAAUCAGUAAACAUAUCCGUGUAUCUAAAGAAGCAUUAACUAUAAAAAAAAAAUUUUUGGGGAUUUUAAAAACAAGGAGGGGCUAAAAAAAUAGACAAAAAUAAAAUAAAAGAUGGGAGGGGAUACUUUAGACAUACUGAAGUCUUUUUCUUGUUUUUCCUGGAGGAGGAUAGAUUCAUUGAUUAACUUUAGACUUUGUUAACUGUGUAAGGGGAACCAUUAAUAUAAAAGAAAUUGAGAUGGAAUGUUCCCUUCAAUAGUCAAAUCAACAAGAAUUCUUGAUUAAGCCAGUAGAAGGCUGAGAAAGAGGAAAAAAGGCAAAGAAAAACAAAAUCUAUAGAAAACAUUCAAAUAGAAGGUAGAAAUAAUGCUUAAAAAACCAAAAAUUACAAUAAAUAUAAGCAGAUUAAGUCAUUUGGUUAAGGAGGGAGGGUACAGCUCAGUGGUAGAGCGCACAUGCACGAGGUCCUGGGUUCAAUCCCCAGUACCUCCAUUAAAAUUUUUUAAAAUAAAUAAACCUAAUUACCUGCCCCCCCCAACCACACCCAAAAUAUAAACAAAUAAAAGGGAAAAAUUGUUCGGUUAACAGAGUCUCAGUCCCAGAAGAAAAGACUAAUAUUAGAUUGGGCUUUCUGUAAGUGACAGAGGCCCCAAAUAACAAUGCCUACACUGGAUGGAAGUGUAUUUUCCCCAGAGUCUCAGAUGAAAUCCAGCUGUAGUGUCUUUUAGGGGCCCAGGCUCCUCCUGCCGGCUGCUCUGUCAUUCCACCAGUGUGCCCACGUUUAUCUGCUUUCCAGCUGGCAGGAGAGAGACAGGAAGAAAGAGGAAAGGGGGAAAAGAGCAUGACCCACUUAUACCCCAGUAGGCAGGGCUCCCCACCUGGUACGCCUAGAAGCUAAAGAUGCUGGGAAGUGCAGUCUUUGAGUGGCCUUGUGCCCAGCCAGAAACCAGAGGUUCUUCUACUACAAGGGCAGAGAGCAGAUCCCAAAAGGCAGAUACUAGGCUCUUCCUCACAGCCGAGCGCAGGAUAUGAGACACAUUUGAAGCAUAGUGACAACUGAAAGGCUGAAAGUGAUGGCUUGGGCAAAGAUUUACUAGGAGAGAAUUAACCAAAAGAAAGCUCGUGUAACUCUAGGCAUGUCAGACAAAAUGAGCUCUGGGGCAAAAAGCACUAGGGAUAAACUGAGUCACAAUUCACCGAGGAAACCUAAUGUUCCUAAUCCGCGUGCAACUCUUAAUGUGUUUUCCAACUAAAAGGAAUUCAUAGAGUUUCGGUAUUCAUUAUUGCCUGAGGAUAGUGUUGCUGUCAGUCAACUUGGAUUAGAUCAAUUAACCAGCAAAAAUCAAGUACAUUGGUCACAUUAAAACUUUAAACCUUGCGAUUCAGUGUUCUGUCAACAUGUUCACAUAGACCAAGGAUUGGUAAACUUUUUCUGUAAAAAGCCAGAUAGUAAAGAUUUUAGGCUUUGGGGACCAUGUGGUUUCUGUAGUUUGUAUGGCUGAGCGCCAGAGUCAACAUAUA